AUGGCCGACCUAGCGUCGACGUAUAGGAGCCAGGGCCGAUGGGAGGAGGCGGAGCAGCUCUUUGUGCAGGUCAUGGAGACUCGCAAGACCAAGCUCGGCGUGGACCAUCCUGACACGCUGACGAGUAUGGUCGACCUAGCGUCGACGUAUAGGAGACAGGGCCGAUGGAAAGAGGCGGAGCAGCUCUUUGUGCAGGCCAUGGAGACGAGCAAGAUAAAACUCGGCGUGGGCCAUCCUAACACGCUGAAGAGUAUGGCCAACCUAGCGUCGACGUAUAGGAACCAGGGCCGAUGGAAGGAGGCGGAGCAGCUCGAGCUGCAGGUCAUGGAGUCUAGCAAGACGAAGCUCGGCGUGGGCCAUCCCUCCACGCUGAAGAAUAUGGCUAACCUAGCGUCGACGUAUAGGAGCCAGGGCCGAUGGGAGGAGGCAGAGCAGCUCUUUGUGCAGGUCAUGAAGACGAGCAAGACGAAGCUCGGCGAGGAUCAUCCCUCCACGCUGUCGACUAUGCACGAACUGGCAUCGACGUACUGGAACCAGGGUCGAUGGGAGGAGGCGGAGCAGCUUAAUGUGCGGGCCAUGGAGACGAGCAAGAUAAAACUUGGCGUGGACCAUCCUAACACGCUAACGAGCAUGGCCAACCUAGCGUCAACGUAUAGGAGCCAGGGCCGAUGGAAAGAGGCGGAGCAGCUCUUUGUGCAGGCCAUGGAGACGAGCAAGAUAAAACUCGGCGUGGGCCAUCCUAACACGCUGAAGAGUAUGGCCAACCUAGCGUCGACGUAUAGGAACCAGGGCCGAUGGAAGGAGGCGGAGCAGCUCGAGCUGCAGGUCAUGGAGUCUAGCAAGACGAAGCUCGGCGUGGGCCAUCCCUCCACGCUGAAGAGUAUGGCUAACCUAGCGUCGACGUAUAGGAGCCAGGGCCGAUGGGAGGAGGCAGAGCAGCUCGACGUGCAGGUCAUGGAGACUCGCAAGACCAAGCUCGGCGUGGACCAUCCUGACAUGCUGAAGAGUAUGGCCAACCUAGCGUCGAUGUAUAGGAUGCAGAGCCGAUGGGAGGAGGCGGAGCAGCUCUUUGUGCAAGUCAUGGAGACUCGCAAGACGAAGCUCGGCGUGGACCAUCCUGACACGCUGUCAAGUAUGGCCAACCUAGCGUCGACGUAUAGAAGACAGGGCCGAUGGGAGGAGGCAGAGCAGCUCUUUGUGCAGGUCAUGAAGACGAGCAAGACGAAGCUCGGCGUGGGCCAUCCCUCCACGCUGAAGAGUAUGACCAACCUAGCGUCGACGUAUAGGAACCAGGGCCGAUGGGAGGAGGCAGAGCAGCUCUUUGUGCAGGUCAUGAAGACGAGCAAGACGAAGCUCGGCGAGGAUCAUCCCUCCACGCUGUCGGCUAUGACCGAUCUAGCUUUCACCUGGAAAUCCUUAGGUCACGAUGCUCAAGCAAUCGACUUGCUACGAAACUGCUUGGCCAAGCAAAGACAAAAGCUUGGUUUGAAUCAUCCGCAUAUUCUAUCUAAUUCUCGAACAUUGCUUGUUUGGGAAACGGACAACCUGAAUAUCAGUUCGUAG